AUGUUUGAUGCGAAGUACGCACCGCUUGGUGGAGCCUUAGUGAGAAUGCUUACUGAUAAGUUAUACGAGAAACGGAAAGCUGCUGCACUUGAUAUUGAAAAACAAGUGCGGGACUUGCUGCAAGCAAAUCAUUUAUCACAGCUAGAAAAGUUGCUUGAUGUUUUAAAAGAUCUAACACUGUCUCAGAAUGGACAAUCGCGAAAAGGUGGUCUCAUUGGUUUUGCUGCAGCAGCAAUUGCUUUAGGAAAGAAUAGCUCAGAUUAUACUUCGCAACUAAUUGAACCUACGCUGACUUGCUUCGCUGAUCCUGACUCUCGCGUACGAUAUUAUGCUUGUGAGUCACUGUACAAUAUUGUAAAAGUAUGUCGAUCAUCUGCGCUAUCCCAUUUCAGUGAACUUUUCGACACUCUUUGGCGAUUAUCUGCUGACACAGACCUUAAUGUGCGCAGUGGAGCAGAACUAUUAGAUCGUUUACUGAAGGAUAUUAUUUUGUCUACAAAUACAUUCGAAGUUGCGACUCUAAUCUCAUUGAUUCGUGAUAGAAUAUACUCGCAAAAUAGUUCAAAUAGAAAAUUCAUAGUUUCUUGGCUCCUGGCCUUAUUAACAGCACCUGAAGUUUCAAUCUCAUCGUAUUUACCCGAGGUUUUAGAUGGUUUAUUUCAAAUGUUGGAUGAUAGUCAAGCAGGUGUUAGAGAUGCUACAGAGACAGUAUUAGGGCAGUUUUUGAAACAAAUGCAGGAGGAGAAAUCUGGAGACAAAGGUGAACUCAGUGAUAUGAUCAAUGUCUUGAUUGUACACGCUUGCAGUGAGCAAAACACUCUUACUAAAAUGACUGCACUUGUAUGGUUGAAUCAGUUUUUGGAAAUGCAUUCUGUUGGGCUUAUGCAGUAUCUUUCAUCUUAUUUAACUGCUAUAUUACCUUGUUUGAAUAAUACGUCUCUUAAAGCAAAAGAAAUUAAUACACGCUUAUUGGGGAUGUUGUCUGAAGAUACUGAUAUUGAAUAUGAUGCAGUUAUUAAAGUGCUUUUGAAGCAUAUCAAACAUGAAUUUUUGGACACAAGAAUAGCUGUUUUGAACUGGAUCAGUAAAAUGCAUCUCACUGCACCUGCUAAAUUAUUUUCCUACAUGGAUCGCAUAUUCCCAAUAUUACUUUCGUUGCUCUCCGAUACGUGUGAUGAUGUACUGUUGCUAGAUUUGCAGUUACUUUCUGAUAUCUGUGAAGGUAAAAACCCAAGUGGAGUCGAGUUACAGGAACUAAAUCUUGACAAAAGCACUUCAAAGCAGCUUUUAGGCAUAUCACCUUAUCUUGUGAAGUUUACUUCCAGUUUAUUGACGAUGUUCCGUAAUGACACUGCACUGCUUAAUGACAGAGGCGUCCUGAUUGUCAGGCAGCUUUGUAUUCUUCUUGGUUCUGCAUCCAUUUAUCGUUGUUUGUCAGUUCUUCUGCUGAAGGAUAGUGACACCGAAUUUAUAUCUCAAAUGGUUGCUUUAUUAAAUGGAAUAUUGCUUACUUCUACAGAACUUUUUGAGUUAAGGAAGCAGUUGAGAAUGUUGAAAUCAGAGGAUUGUGUUAAUCUUUUCGAAUGUUUAUAUCGUACAUGGGCCUUCCAACCUAUCGCAUUACUUGGUUUAUGUAUAUUGUCGCAAAAUUAUGAACAUGCGAGCAUACUGGCGCGACACCUAUGGAAAGUUGAUAUUACGGUACCUGUGCUGAUUGAAAUUGACCGACUUGUGCAACUCAUAGAAAGCCCUAUUCUCUCAUAUGUACGGCUUGAUUUACUGGAUGCCAAGCAUCAGCGACCUCUCACAGCGGUUCUUUCGGCUCUGUUGAUGAUGUUACCUCAAACUGAUGCUUUCAAUACUCUGCAUAAACGCAUUCAGUGUAUCCCAUCCUUUAGGGUCCAUGAAGGAGGUGAGCAAAACCCAGCAUAUGCAAAUGAGCAAAAUCCAUUGCGUGCAAACGUGAAUUUCGAGUUGCUACUACAUCACUUUUUAAAUAUAUUGGAUGAGCAGCAAGAAGUUUUGAAAAAAAAGCAUCGACAAAUGCUGAACUCAGUUAGCCAGUGA